AUGACUUGGAACACCAAGUGCCAUCAGAACCAUUCCUCUCUUGCAGGAGUUCAGCAUGGUCGCUCUCUUACCCAUGUCUUCCAGCACAACGACACUCAGCUCUUCCCUUCUCCUGCCACGGUACUUGACCAAGCCAUUACUCCAAGCCAGCAGCAACAGCAGCACAUCUACACUGAUCGUCGACAGGGCCUUUCCAGUCAACACCAACACCGCAGCUCCGCUCUUCUCUACUCGGAAUGGCCUGAAGACUUUGGGCAUACCAAGCACCAUCUGCCUUACCCCCAGUCUCCCAAUUCUUCAUCCAGUCAACUUACGCCCCGAGGAGCGUCUGCACCUGCUGAACCUCCUCGACGCAAGAAGGCAAAGAGGAUUUUCGACGACGAGGAGGAGGAGGAGACCCAAGAUGUGGUGGACGGCGACGAGGAGGAGAAGGAGGGUGAGGAUGAAGUGGUGGUGGUGGAGGAGGAGGGUAACGAGUUUUUGCCUCCUUGGAUGUUUGAUGACGAUGAUGACGGGCCUGUCGAGGGCACACCUCGCACGACUCCGAAAUCGCGGAUCUUUCAACAACUGGCAAAUGGUAUCAACAGCUGGUAUGCCUCACCCAAUCAAGUGCAAUAUACGGUGAAGCAGGCCAAAACCAAGGUCGAGACUAUCAAGGCCAGUUUCAAGCGAGGCCAGGACCUUGUCCACAAGUCUGGAUUCGGCACCACCAACCCUAGCAAGACGUGGAAGCAACAGAUCCUGAAGACAAGCCCGCACCACUUCAAGUUGGAGGCUAACUGUCCGACUCGAGCCGCCGUCAAGGCCGCUCGAAGGCGCAAGGCGAAGGCGAAUGACAGCGAGAUAGAGCAGAUGGUGGGGGAAGGGAUAGCUGGUGACUAUUCGGAGAGGGACGAGGACGUGUUGGAGGCGCGGACGAUGCAAGAGCUGAAGCAGCGUGGAGCUAGAGUGCAGAAAGGGAAGAUAGUGCAGAAAGGAAAGACGGCGGUGAGGGAGAAGCGAGCGCAGGAGGAGAGCCCGACGACCAUCUAUCAACGCCCAUCACAACGACCUCUCCCCAAGAAGUUCUUCACCAAGGCAGCACCAGCCGACUCGCCCCCUCAGGCCUCCAAUAAGGCAGGCGGAGCACAAGGGUCGACAUCCAAAGCACAGAUUAAAGACAACUACACUCACAAGUCUGGUGGCGGUCGAGGCGGAAGCGACAAGAUGCAAUCGUUAGCUGAUUCUGUUCGCGCCAUGUUGGAAAGUGAAAAGAAGAACAAGGACGUGGAGUUGUUGAUUAUGAGGCAGAGGUUAGCGCUGGAGGAGAGUGAGGCGAAGGAAAAGGCCGAAGCGCGUAGAGCCAGCUUGGCGCUGGAGGAGAGACGGAUAGACAUCGAAGCGCAACGGAUGAACAACGAACACAUCCUAAAAAUGGCGCAGCUGCAGAAGGAGAAGGACCUUGAGAUCUACAGGAUGGAUCUCGAGUCGUUCUCUUUUGAUAACACCCUCAGCAGCAGUCUCAAAAGACAGCAACUACUCGAUAAGGGUGGACAACAAGCCCAUCACCAGGAACGUUUAAUUGCACCUUCCCUUGCCCCUCUUCCUGUUCCAGCUAUGCCUUCCUCCACUCGGUCAGCGAGCCGCAAGCGUGACGCACCGGCUUCACAGUCAUCCAACGGCACGACUGGUAGUGUCAACAAGAAGCGACGCACGGAUUUGUACGGGGAGAUUGCCGAUCUUGUCAACGCUGAAGCUACCGACCAAACGCACGAGGAGUGGCAGCCCUGGGUGGAGCGUCACGUCAAGUACAACAUUGCAGCUUCCGAACAGAAAUAUAGAAAGGCCAAGCAGAUGUGGACCGAGACAGGAGCAGGCGAUGAUGACAAAUCAGUGCUUCGGAAGCGAGUCCUCAAGAUAUGUCCUCUGUUUGAUAAAUUCGACCGCGUAUAUUCGUCCAAUUUCAGAGUGAACCCGCCUCCUAUGGUUCAAACAACCACCAUCUCAGGAGAACCGACGGAGCUGCUUGACGACAGCGAGGAGGGUGAUGAAAGCGGCGAGGGUGAAAGUGAUGAGAGCGACGAGGGUAACGAAUGUGAUGAGGAUGAAGAGGGAGAUGAGAGCGACGAGGGUGGCGAGGAUGUGAUGGGGCUCGAAGACCACCGCCAUCUUCGAGUUGAAGGGUUUGAUAUGAGCCUAUUGCUUGCAGGCGAUGAUGAUGAAUUGGACUGGGUCAACCAUGGUUUGGAACGUAUGGCGGAGCUCAACAGGGAGCUGGAGGAACGCAGACAGGAACAUGAACAGCAGCUUCAACAGGCCAAAGCGGCAUUCGAGAGGGAGAGGAUCGAAUGGACGCUCUUUAAGAAUGAAGAGAUGGCCAAACUCAAUCGACUGAAAGGAACAUUAGACAGGCAGGAAUCGCACAGCCAAUCACCCUCCGUCUCCGCCCUCAGGAAGAUCGUCAGGAACAGCACCGAUUGUAUCGUCGUCGAUAUCAUCAUCCACCAGCUCGUCCUCUAG